AUGUCUCCCGCUAAAAAGAAAGUGGUGAUCGUCGGCGAUGGUGAGAGUGGUAAGACGUGCCUUUUGCGCGUGUUUUUUGAGGAUAUUUUCCCAGAAGUAUACGUGCCAACGGUGUUUGACUACUAUUCAACCGUGAUCGAAGUUGAAGGAAAAAAAGUAGCGCUUGACUUGUGGGACACUGCUGGUCAAGAAGAUUACGACAGACUGCGACCACUGUCAUACGGGGAAGCAGAUGUAGUGAUCCUAUGCUAUUCAAUCGAUAAUCCCAAAUCGUUGAUCAACAUAAUCGAUAAAUGGGUGCCGGAAGUGCGGUAUUUUUGCAAGGAAGUGCCGGUGAUAUUGGUUGGCAAUAAGAAGGACCUUCGGGAUAGUCAUCAGCAGGACAAUGAUCUAUCCAUAGACCUAGAUAGGUCUGUGGAUCUACCCAAGUCUGACCAAAAAAAAUGCAACGUAACUGAAGUCACUAUUGAACAAACGAUUACUGAAAACGAAACGGUGACAAGUAUUGAUCUGAAACCACAUAAAACGGAAACGGUUGAAGGGCUGCCAGUACACGAAAAAUUGGAUGGCUACUCUGGCAUGGUAGUAGCAAGACAAGAAAACUUUAAUGAAUCGGAAAGUGGCCAAAAAAAGAUUACCAGGCUUGAACCAGAAAACUCUGUAGCCAUCGCAGAAAACCACAAUGAGGACAUGCCAAGAAAAACUACCAUUCGGAUACCGGAACAUAAUGUCAUGACUACCACAGAGAUCGGUCAAUCAGUGGCUGACGAUAUCAAAGCUUUCGCGUUUUUAGAAUGUUCUUCGAAGACCAAGGAAGGAGUCCGUGAUGUUUUCGUUGCCACAGUGAAGGCGACGAGACGGACUUCCAAACAUAGUACGCAGUGCAUUUUACUUUAA